CAAGAAAAUUUCUUGUUGACAUUUAAUUUUUAGGAAUUUAAUUUUCUUUUUAGUGAUUUGAUUAGUGUUCAUUUGGUUUUUUUUCUUUCUUUUUGUUUUGUUUGAUUGGUGAUCUUUUUCAUUGCUUGUUGGGAGCGAAGGGGUAACUUGAAUCGAAAUGCUUCACUUUAUGUUACUCUUUAGUCGCCAAGGAAAACUUCGUCUACAGAAAUGGUUUGUUCCUCAUUCGGAUAAGAUGAAGAAAAAAAUUACCAGAGAAUUGAUGACGAUAACUUUAUCUCGAAAAGCUAAGCAUUGUAACUUCAUCGAAUGGAAAGAUUUGAAAAUUUGCUACAAAAGGUAUGCUAGCCUUUACUUUCUUUGUGGAAUCGAGCAAGAAGAUAAUGAGCUCAUCUGUUUGGAAUUGAUUCACCGAUAUGUUGAACUGUUGGAUAAAUAUUUUGGCUCAGUUUGUGAAUUGGACAUUAUAUUUAACUUUGAGAAAGCUUAUUUUAUACUGGACGAAUUUUUAAUUGGUGGUGAGGUUCAAGAGACGAGUAAAAAGUUGGUUCUCAAAGCAAUCAGCAGCCAAGAUAUGCUUCAGGAAGAAGAGAUUCCUCAAGGAUUCUUUGAGGACCAAGGAUUAGGAUGACUAGAGAAACCAAGUUUUCUCCAUGUUAAUCGAUGAGACGUCAACCUCAAUAGUUUAACUUGAACCAAAAUGAUUAUCCAGUUGUUGUUUUAGCAAAGAAUCAAGAACAAUCUCCAUUUCUAUACCAUAUCUAUUAAUUAAUAUUGUGAUUAAUCAAAUUUUACUUGUCUCCCAUGGUAAACAAAAUUACCCUGUGCCUGUUACCUUUGUUUUGUCUUCAAUGUGAUCGUUUCAAUUUUUAACCUCUUCUCUCACAAUUAAGAUCAAAUCUCACCAAGAUCUCUUCCAAUAUACACAAGAUAAUUUAAUUCCACUUUUAAUUGUUACAUUUCCAACUUCAUGACAUUUCAAAAUUUCCACCAUGACAUUACCUCAAUCAGAAUUCAACCAUCAAUGGGACCAAUUUCUAGAAUCAAUUGAAAUCUCUUCCAAUCGCAUUUAAAGUAACCUUUAAUUUGGUACUUAAUCUCAUCCGUUAAUCGUUAAUCUGGCUAAUAUCAACUUUCACCUUCUCCAACAAUUUAAAUCAAAUUACAUUCAUUCCUAAUUGGGUUAAUCUAUCAGAUGUUACUUUAAUUACUAUUUUCAUCUUGGCUAAUGUUACCAUUUCAUAAGAGGAAACAUUUAUCACAACAAUUAAGUUAAUUGUGGUUUUCAUAUACAAAAGAAAAUAACAAUUAUGGCUAAUUAAUCAAUUAAAAUAUUUCCAAAAUGAA